GCCAUGGCAACGCGCGUAUUACGUUGCAUGUGCGUCGCCUAGAGACAGGACGCGAUUAGUAUUAGUGAAACCUCACUCGGAGAAAGACGCGUGUGAAUUCCAGCCCAAAAUUUUCCGUCAUGACCACCUUUAGCAUGAAGCCAGGCCUCCGCAGCACUGUAUCUGACUGGAUAAACUACAAUAAAGAGAUCUCAGACACUACCGAGUAUAAGAGACAUCUCUCACACGGGAUACGGAUGGAGGGCCGGACUCUGUGCAAUGACACCUCCAAUAAGACAAAGUGGGGUGAAUAUGACAGCAGUCGUCGACUCCGUGACCGAAUUAAUGACAUCACACUUUCCAAGAAGAGCCUUGAGGCCUGUGCAGAGAAACUGGAUAUGGAAAUGGACGCUCUAACACUAUCCAAGGAUGCGGCAGAGCAUGCUCUUGCAGCCACAUUGUUGCCACUUGAGGUCACCAAUGAGUGUUUGACCUUGAGGGAGAGUCGUCAGGGAAAUGAGCUGGUUAGUGAUCCAGUGGAAGCGGAGCUAAAGAAGGAGCUGGAGGUGAUCAAUAAAGCACAACAGAUCCUGCAGCAAUGUAUCGACCAUGCCUUCAAACACCUUUGUUUGCUGCAGGAAGCCCGUCAUCAACUGACUCUUGACCUCCAGCACAAGACGGAGGCUUUGGAUUUAGACAUGUCCUGCCUUUCGCUUUCUGUAACGUCCUCAGAGAUCUCGCUGAAGCCCAAUCCCACCAGAGUUCCUCCUGGUUCCACAACCCCUGAGCAGUGGAUACAAUUCAGCCAGCGUAAUUUAACCCAUGCCCAGGAGGAAAUGCAGGCUUCACUUGAUCUGAGAGAGAAUAUCAAUAUCACUAUAGCACAGGCGCAAAACGAAUUGAAUUCGCAACGCAUGGCGACACGUUUCGCCUUCCGGAAGCGCACUCAUCAGCUGGAGCAGGCUCACCAAGAGCUUCAGUGGCAGAUAAAAGCUAUUCAGGAUGAGAUUAACGAGCUGAAGGAAGACAUCGUCAGACUGGAGAGGGAUGUGCAAUCUAAGAUGGCUCCACUUAAACUGGUGCACACUCGUUUGGAGUAUAGGACCAGGAGGCCAGGCAUGGACCUAUGCAGAGACGAGGUGCAGUACGGGUUGGUGGAGGAGACCAAAGAGCUUUCGUCUUCUAUUCUGGCUCUGAAACAGAAGCUGGCGCAGGCUCAGGACUCAUUGCAGGUUUUGCAACUACACGAAGCUCGGAUGCUUGCGGACCUCACGCAUAAACAAGAAGCACUCUCUGUCGAGCAGCGGAGCAUGCAAACACGUCAGCGCCUAAACACAGCUCCGAUCAAAUCCAAACCAUUAGCCGUGUUGCCUCUUACCAACUCCAGUGGCAUGCACAAGCAUUACCCAAAAUACAAAGACUUUGCCUAAGACCGUUGUCCUAUGCAUUUCAUCACUUUCUUCCUCAUUCUAUUCAAUAGAAGCUAAUGCCUCCUUCUCUCCUCGCCUGUCUAUGUGUAGAGUGCAUUAAUUUGUUGUGUUUCCUUUUCUUGUGUUUUGUGUGAUAGGUAUCACAAUAUGUUUUUUUUUUCACUUUUCCAUUUGUCCAUUUGUUUGCAAUACUAUCUGAAGGUAUCAGGUACGUUAUGAGAAUCAGAAUGAGUUUCAUUUUGCACAUUUUAGCAAUUUCAUUUGGAGAAUGCACUUAAAAAAAGGUGAAGUGGGAGCUCAGUGGUUAAGGUUCUGGGUUACUGAUCUGAAGGUCAGUGGUUCAAGCUGUGGUAUCACCAAGCUGCCAUUCUUUUGGGCCCUUGAGCAACGCCCUUAACCCUCUGUGAAUCUUUGUAUGUUUUAACAUGGCUGACACUGUGCUCUUUGACCACAUGGUCCUAACAUCACUGGCAUAUGUGAAGAACAAAUUUGUUACAGUACAUGUGACAAGUAUAAAGUAUAAAUACUUUAAUAUAAAGUAUAAAACAUUUCUUUCUUUACUUUUCUAAAAGACAACCCUGGACAGUUCACAAUAUCAUAUAACUAAAUGGAAUCUGGAGUGUUCUAUUCCAAUUGUACCUCAGCAUUGUUUUCCAAUCCAUUCCAGUAUAUUUAUAUCCAGUCCCAUUCCAAAGGAGGGAAGAAAUUAAGUACUGAUACUUUGUAACUGUACUAAAUGGAUUUUUCUGGUAUCGGUGCUUUACUUUACUAUUUAUUUUUCGAACAACUUUUAACUUUUACACAUUACAUUAUUUAAACAAACAUCUGUACUUUCUACUUUUUACAUGUUUAAAUCAGACUCGUUAAUUUAGUUUUAAGUCAUUUGGUGACGUGACCAAUAUUUUUUCUUCUCAUUGCGCUUUCAGUCCAUCAACAUAUUUCUUGUCAUAGCAUGGCGUUUUCAAUUUACCACUGGUGUAUCAUUUCCUGGCUCUCAAACACACCACAGACGUAGACUAGUUUACGAAGCAAACAACGAGCAGGGCAGAAGGCAACAAGAAGUCUGGGGGUGUAACUUGAAUGAGACA